AUGUCUCCUAAUCCAUCCGAUAUCGAGACAACCAAGAAAGUUGUGGAUGAUAUCACCCAUUCAACACUAAGCAAAAAGAAAAACGGAAUGGACAAGGCACCAGAUGGUGGUUUCCGGGCAUGGCUUAUCACAGCAGGAACCGCUUGCAUCUUCUUCUCGACAUUAGGGUUCGCGAACUCAUUCGGCAUCUUUGAGCAAUACUAUCUUUCCCACCAAUUGAAAGACGAGUCGGCAGAUAAGGUUGCAUGGAUCGGAUCACUGGCAGCCUUUCUCCAAUUUGCAGCAGGUGCUCUUGGAGGACCAUUGUUUGAUCGAUAUGGAGCUUGGGUAUGUUCUUCAAUUUCCAGGAAGGAUCAGUUACUAACACGAAAGAAGGUCAUCCGGCCAGCCGCAAUCAUGUAUCUCUUUGCAAUGGUGAUGACAAGCCUAUGCAAGCAAUACUGGCAGUUUAUGCUCGCCCAAGGCAUUCUCCUGGGCACAUCUAUGGGUCUUCUGCAAUUUCCAGCAAUGGCAGCAGUCAUUCAGCACUUUGACAAGAACAUCGCCGCUGCCUUAGGGGCAGCUGUCUCUGGAUCCUCCAUUGGCGGUGUGGUGAUUCCUAUCGCCCUGUCAAAGAUGCUGAACAGUACUUCCCUUGGUUUCGGAUGGUCAGUUCGAAUCAUCGGGUUCGUGGUUACUCCGCUCCUAGCCUUCUCAUGCCUUGCUGUCAAAUCUCGUCUUCAACCACGCAAGACGAAGUUCUUCAUAGCAUCAGCUUUCAAAACACCCAAGUUCUCUCUGCUUGUUGCAGCAAUAUUCUUCAUGUUCCUCGGAUUUUUCACUCCGCUGUUUUACAUCCCAACAUAUGCAGUAUCAAGAGGAGUGGAUACAACUCUUGCCUCCUACCUACUUGCAAUUCUCAACGCUGCUUCGACCUUUGGCCGUGUCAUCCCGGGUGUUCUAGCAGAUAAAUUCGGUCGAUUGAACGUUCUCAGCAUGGGCGGUAUCCUCACCGGAAUUAUCAUUUUCUGCAUGAACCAGGCUAAAUCAACCCCGGCUCUAAUUGUAUAUUCAAUUGCUUUCGGAUUUUGGUCGGGGACAAUCAUCUCUGGAGCUACUGCUGCUUUCUCAAUUGUUAUCCCGGAUCCUCGGACUAUUGGAACAUACUUGGGCACAGGAAUGGGUGUUGCUUCUCUUGCUUCCUUGAUUGGGCCUCCGGUCAACGGUGCGCUGCUCAACAAGUAUGGAGGAUUUUCAGAGAUUUCAAUUUUCAGUGGAGCGAUGUGUGUUUUGGGCGGCUUUCUUACUCUUGCGACCAAGACUACAACUUCUCAAGGUCUUCUUGGCAGAGUGUAA